AUGUCAAAAGCAAAGUCUGGUCUUGCUUCUGUGAAGCGAGACUUCUCCAGCAGCUCAGUUGGCUCACAGGACGCCAUACCAUGGGACCCCACACCCCCUAAAGCCACCUCGUCGUCUCAGACCACGUCGUCCACCCCCGAACUAAGCGCCCGCGAAACCGCUCGCGAACGCCGCCUACGCGAAAUACAGAACGCGCUCAACAACCGCUCCACACCGACUCUCGCGGAACCCACCAAGCCAUCCUUACCAUCGAAAAGACCAAGCGAUCCUGGGCUUUCUGACGCGUUGCAGCCAACGAAAAAGCCACGAAAACUCCCUCCAGGUUACGAAGAUGACGGAGAACACGAUUUAUCUUCCCGUUCCACCGCGUUCUCGCGCAACAAAGCGACCUAUACUCCCGCGCCACUCACCAAGCGCAAAGCUGGAACAAUCGAGCUCAGUGGGGAGCAAAAACAAAUCCUCAAACUUGUCGUGGACGAUGGGGAAAGCGUGUUUUAUACUGGAAGUGCUGGCACUGGCAAAUCGGUCCUCCUGCGUGAAAUUAUCAAGGGGCUCAAGAAGAAGUACGGUCGUGUACAGGAUGCUGUCGCCAUGACCGCGUCAACUGGCAUCGCGGCGUGCAAUAUCGGUGGCGUGACGAUUCAUUCGUUUGCUGGAAUUGGCCUGGGUAUAGAGGAUGCAGAGAAGCUUUUUGAGAAGAUUCGCAGGAACAAAAAGGCACUUAGCCGGUGGACAAGGACCAAAGUUCUGAUUAUUGACGAAGUUUCUAUGCUUGACGGUGACCUCUUCGACAAACUCUCCCGUAUUGGAGCUCUCAUCCGACGAAACAUGGAACCUUUUGGCGGCAUUCAGCUUGUCGUUACUGGAGAUUUUUUCCAGUUACCGCCUGUGGGGAAGAGUGGCGUCAAAUUUGCUUUCGAGGCUGCGAUGUGGAAACAGGCAAUCCCACGGACUUUCAACCUUACCCAGGUGUUUCGACAGAGUGAUCAAGAAUUCAUCGACAUGUUGAAUGAAAUGCGAUUCGGGCAGUUGACACAAAAGUCCAUUGACAAAUUCCGUUCCCUUUCUCGUGAAAUAGUAUAUGAAGACGGUCUUGGUCCAACCGAGCUGUUUCCUCGUCGUGAGGAUGUUCACCAGUCCAACAACUCUCGUAUGACACGACUCAACACCGAGGUCCGCAACUUCAAAUCUUCUGAUGGAGGAAGCGUCACCGACCCAACUGCGCGUGGGCGCCUUCUGUCCAAUUUUAUGGCGGAGGAAAACUUGCAACUACGAGAAGGAGCCCAGGUCAUGCUCAUCAAGAACAUGGAUGAACAACUUGUCAAUGGAAGCAUGGGUAUAGUAUUGCGUUUUGCUGACCCAGCGAAGGCGCUGGAAGAGGAUUUUGACAUUCUCGGGGAGACAACGGUCGCAGUACCCGGAGGCAAGAAACCCGCAUCAUCCGCCGUUGGAAAGACCACAGCAAGCCGAGGAAUAUUAUAUCCUAUCGUGGAAUUUUCGUUAGCGACGGGUGCUAAAGCGACGAUGAUGGUGAAACCCGAAAGUUUCAAAGUAGAAUUGCCUACGGGAGAGGUUCAAGCAAGCAGAUCACAACUUCCCCUUAUUCUUGCUUGGGCCCUGAGCAUUCACAAAUCGCAAGGGCAAACGUUGGAACGAGUGAAAGUGGAUCUUGGUCGAGUGUUUGAGAAAGGUCAGGCAUACGUUGCGCUCUCUCGCGCCACCUCUCUGCAAGGUCUUCAAAUCUUGAACUUCGACCCGAGUAAAGUCAUGGCGCAUCAUAAGGUUACAGAAUGGAGUAAGACGCUGCAGCAGGCAGUCUUGGACGAGUGGUAA